UUGGCAUAUCCCUCCAACUCGCUCGGAGCGUUGGCUGACUGAACGACGCUGUGAUCUCCCUACACAUAGCUUAUCCUCCAUCCACCGUGGAUAUACUCUCGUCGGGUCGCAUCUCUUCAGCUCCGUUAAAGGUCUAUCCGCACUUUCUCUGUCAUUAAAUUAUUUUUUGAAGUCUGAGAAAGGGAUAGAAAUAUUAUGUUAGUGAGCGUUGUUUUAGCAAGACUGUUAAUUCUUGAUUCGCAACCCUAGACGGUAUCUCUGACGCGAGAACGGUAAUCUGUCGCUUCAUUAAAAAGAAAUUACCGCAAACCUGUCGUCGCGGACAUGAGCAAAAUACGCCUUCUUGUGUGUUAAUAAAUUAUGCGUUUUGAUAUUUUCAGCACAGGUAACUUUUGCGGUGUGCUGGCGCUAUUUCGUGCCAUGCAAAACAAGAGAUGAUUCCUUGUGCACCCUGUCGGUAUCGUAUCCCACACUUACUCUCUGGAGAACUUUGGUCCUUUACCGGGGUCUGGAUACCCAUCCUUACGCACCGUAUCUCCAAAAAGUGGACCAAACUUUAGAAUAUAAUAGAACACAGGGAUUUUUUCUUUCUUUUUCCUUUUCCUUUUUUCAGUGAGACGUAUGUCGUUGCGAUAUCUUCCAUGCCACCGACCAUCGUGAUAAAUGGACAAGAAUGUGGCAGACACCAUUUGUGGGGAAACUCAAUAGAGAAUCCGCUGGCAAACCGGGAGGACUGGAUUAAGUUCUUAAAAAUAUACGAGUCGUAUGCAACCCACGCGUCUUUUUCUGUGAGGUGGGUUUUGAGAAGAGCGAAGGAGGGAUGUUGGUCCGAAACAAAUUUCCGUUCAUCUUCGGGUUUUGGCACUUCGUGUUCAGCCAGUUCUUUUUGACAUCAUUUCCUCUUCUAUUUCAGCUUGCUCUGGGAGAGCCACAGAGGUCAUGCUCUCGGACUGUAACGGACACAGUGGGCACCAAGUGCCAGCUGGCGUGCCAGUGUAGGCACUACCCUCCUCUGCCACCCCCACCCCCGCCACCUCCGCCCCCCAGAAUCAUCUUCCCUGUGCCUCCCCCCGUGGAGCCCACAAGGAAGCCCUGGUGGGAUGAGAUGUGGCUGGUGCUCGGGACCGCCAGCUGUGCCUCUGUUGUCUUCCUUCUCCUCACCGCCAUCGUCUGCUACAAGGCCAUAAAGAGGAAACCACUACGGAAGGAGGAGAAUGGUACGAGCCGAGGGGAGUAUGCCAUGAGCUCCCGGACCAAGACCACAACGGUAGAGACCAACAGCACUGGGGUAUAGGGGCUGCCCCAGAAAUGAUCACACCUGGCAAUCCUCUUCAACGUUACUACAGCCACACUCCCUCUCCUUGCUCUUGACAAGGUCACGGAAUGGCAGAGACAAUGACACUGGAAUUUCUUCGGCACUCAAGCCAUGCCUAGAUGCCUAGAGAGAACCAGAGAAUUGUAUAUUUAUUAAUAUAUAUAAAUAUAUAUAUAUGAAUAUAAAAUAGAGCUUAAAGGAAACAGGGGACUUAGACUUUGACAUGCUGGACUAGGCCCCGUUGCGGGACAUCACCUCAAGUUGGCGGGGGGUAGGGGAUGGGGGGGUGUACUGGAUGACAGCUGCCAGCGCAUGGGGCAAAGCUGUCAGUCCGAAUGGCACCUCAGAGAUCCCCCCCCUAACCCUUCCACUCCAGCCGGUGGAGAGUGGCAGCAAAAUAAACGCUGGCGACAAAACAAACGCAUGCACUUUCUAUUAAAUGCAACAACUUCUCAUGGAUCCUACCCUUCUCUUUCUCUCUCGCUCUCUCUCUCUCUCCUUCUCUUUCUCUCUCUCUCUCUCUUUCUCACCCUGUCUCUGCCUCUCUUUGUCUCUCUCUUUACUGUCCUUCUUGUCCAAGGAAAGGAUGGGGGUGGGCAGGAGAUGCUCCUCCACCUUUUGUAAAUUUCCAGGCUCCCGAAAGAGGAAGGGGAUGCAUCAAGCCAUUGUUAUCUGUGGGUGUAUUUUUGACGCACGCUGAUUUAAAAGUCAUCACCACCCGUGGAAUGAGAAUGAUCCAUGUAUGCCAAAUAUAGAAACUUUUUUUUUUUUUUUUUUUUUAAUAACUACAGCUGGAAGAAACAAUGAAUUGUCAAAGAGUGUGGGUUGACUGACUAUGCAAUUUGAAAAGGGAGUGUGACAAGAGAGCUAGACAUGUAUUUUAGUAACUAGCAGACCAGGCUAGCCUCUGAUGUCUGGUCACUGGUUUUGCCCUCAGCUGUGAGACUGAACAGUUAUAUUAGCACUGCUCAGUCUUGGUUUCUUCUUAAGUGCUUCAUAAUGUGUCUAUCACUGGCUGAUUCAUGAUUAAUCCAGUACUGGCUCUGCAUUAGCCUGUAUCAUGUUGGCAGGAGUAACCUCUGAAUUCUUGUCCUCAGCCUACGAAUUGCUAAUGUACACGUAACUUAAGACUGUUAUCUUUGUUUAUUGACUAGAUGUUUCAAAGGUUUAAAUUUACUUCUGAUCCCAAUUUCAAAAGGUCACUUUCUUUGUUUGCUUUGCACCCAGAAAUGGGAAAUGUUAGUUAGUCCUCUCAACAGUCAUCAAACGUUGGUGACUCCCAUAAUCCAGAAGUGUACUAUUCAGAAACCGUCUCAACAUGUCAACUCCCUGUUUGAGCUAGAUAUGCUAAUGAUAUUAGCAGCUAUAUCUGUGUCACAGAGAGGAGUACUGAUCUCAAGCUUUCAUGUAUUAGCUGACUUUGUUUUGAUUUCCUGUAGAGUAUUAGCUCAGUCAAUCCUCUGCUAUUUUGUUUUCUGUAAUCACUUUCUUGCUGGCAUCUUGAAUGGUAGUCCAUCACAGAGGAAGUCACAUUUAAAAUAAGUGUAUGGGGAAACAACUAUAAAACUGCCUAGUCAGUUUCUGUACAGGUACUUUAAGCUGCACCUAAUCAAAUGGACUGUUUCUUUCCUAGAGACCUCAGCUAAGGUUACCUUGUCCAUUUAGGUCCUCCCACAAACCACUAAAUUAGAUGAGCCAUCAUUUGGAACAUCCAUUACUUACUCCCCUCUUUCUCAGAUUCUACUCUAUGUUCAAAUUAGAGAACGCUUGUAGUGGUCAGACAUAAAUAGCCUACAGAUUCUUCUAGAUCUACAUGUUAUGUGUCUUUGUGAUGUCUGGAAAGGAGAGAUCACUUCUUUCAUAUAAUUAGCAUACUCAAAUUUUGGAACCAUCCACGCUCUUUUCAUUGGCAAUAUAAAAAUACUGUGUAUUAUUGACUGUUUUGAGACAUUAUUUUUAACAUGUAAUUUCGGUCUCUUAACUGGUUUCAAAUUAAUACAUUACGCCGUAAUCAUUUUAUAAGAUUGACCAAGGCAUGGAACAGUGAACGUAGUUGGUCAUGUGCUCAGUGUCUUUUAUGUCUUAAAACACAAAUCUUUACAUGAGGUUCAAACUGUGUAUGUCUUCUUAUGUAUUUUUGUUCAUGUUACGAUCACUUGCAAGCAGCCAUUAACACAACACAUAACAAUUGUGUACUAUAAUGUAAAAAGGAGUCUGAUAAAUAUUGCAUGAAUGUAAAUAUUGAUAUGCCUUCUUGCGUGUCCAUCAUAUGUACAUAGUAAAUUUGAUUUAAAGGGAUACAUUAAAGUGAGUGGAUGUGAUGCCAUGGGGGAAUAAAGUUGUUUAUGUGUCUAGAGGAAGCUGUUACUGUAUAUUUGUGUAAUUAACAGUUGUUGAUGAACAAUGUAUGCAUCACAUCUAACAUAUUGUGCAUUGAACUGAUUUAAUUGCAACAUGUUGAUUUUUUUAGUUUCAAAUAAAAUUGUACUAUUCAGUA